AUGAAGUUUCUCGAUGAAGUUGGUAUAGAUAACGUCCUGAUAACGUUCAAGAGAGGUUCUGUAUCUUCAGCCACGACAACUAGCGCCCUUACUGAAACAAUCGCCCCACAAGAGAAUAAUGAUAUUCAGCUUGAACAGAGUGAUAAUUUGGAACCUGGUUUAAACGAGUCUCCAUUUGGUCCUCUUGAGAAUGUGACUACAAGGAAGACGUUUGCCUAUCUAAUAGCUAUUUUGAAUAGCUGUUAUCCAGAUCAUGACUUUUCUAAUUUACAACCAACAACAGAGAAUUUCCACAGGAUAAAUCAUUAUGAAGAGCUCAUGACCCGUUUCAACAAUCUCAUGAUGUCUUUAGGAAAGGAUGCAACUAUCUUAAACUGGAUUUGGGAUACCAUAAAUCUGUACAUGAAUUUCUUACCAUCAACAAAUUCCCCUCUGUUAGGACCUGCGAAAUCAUCAAGGCAGAAUAGUAUUUCAACGUCACCAGGAAACAGAGAUAAUAAUGCGCAUUUCUAUGGCUCUCACACAGGAAUUCCUAAUCACAGCCAUAGUGCAAUGUAUGAACAAUGCCAAAUAUUUGAAUUCCAGCCGUCCGAUCAAACCAUUUUUGAGGAUCUAAACUACCCUUAUCAAACCAUGUGGAGUUAUUACUGGUUUAUAUACAAUAAGAAAAAGAAGAGAGUUGCAUUUCUUUACUUGAAUGGGAUAAAUAAGAUUCAUUACAACAUGAUAAAUGGAGGAAGAAGACUUUCUUUCAGUAAUAACUCAAGGAGGAAAAAUAAAAGUGAAUUGAUUGGCUCUGAUGAAGAAUUUGAUGAUGACGAGGAAUUAUUCAUGGAUGAAUAUAGUGAUGAUGCUAUGAUUGAUGAUGACGAUGGAGACGAUGGAGUUGAUGAUGUAGUUGGGGAUAUCGAAAUAUAG